CUCUUUUUUUUUUUGCAAACAAUGUAAAAAUAAAAAAUGAACUGAUAUGUGACAUGUAUUAAUGCCAAAAUAACAUUCAACCCUGUUUAUUUUUAGCAAAAAAUGUGGGGCUCAAAACAAAACUGCUUUACUGAUGACAUUUUGCACAGGCACAAUCUUUCCACUAUUUUGGAAUUUAGUUUUCUCCACAGGUGUAAAUGUUUGGCAAUAAAUGGAACUAUUUCUAGCAGACGAUAUAUGAGACGCAUAUGCAUAACCAUGGUAGUAAUUGAAAGGGAACACUGCAGAUUAUGGGGAAAUGCAGACCAAAGGUGAGGACACAGCGGUAUACCUGACUGAAUCCAAACAUUACACUGGAUUCUAUGUGCAUUUUACAUUGACUGUACUUUCUGCAGCAUCUGUCUAAUGAAAUCUUAUGACUAAAGGAAAGAGCUUUCAAUUAUUAAAUGCAAUUUUUUUUUUUUUUGCUUUGCCAUUGAGUAACUGAAGCUUGGAACACAGCCCUAAAUCCCCACUACCACAUCACUGUUUACGCAAUCCAAAAACAGUUCAUUAUAGAUCGCAAUCUGGGUCAGGUGGGCAUCAUUUGAAAGCUUAUCCUAUUGCCAAAAAUGCCUAAGUAAAUUAUUAAAUAAUGUAGGCUUUUCAUAAGGCCCAACGAAGUGUUUAAAUAAGUUUGUCUUUAAGGAUUCGGCAUUCACCAAUAUGUCACAACAAGCGCAAAGACCUGAUACUGAUCCUGGUUUCCGGUGCAGAAAUGGCUGUUUAUAUAAUCUCAUUACGCCUUAAAAAUGCACAAUUUGGAGUUGCUUUAGUUUGCCUCGUCCCAUUUUAUAUUCCCAUCUUGUCACACAUUGGACUUGGAUAAGUGUUGUGCUAUUAAGAGGUUUAGAAGGCUUUUUCAAAGAAUGAGAAUACAUUACAUUUUUUUAAGGUAUCUGUAACCAACAGAUGCAUGUCUGUAUUCACAGUCAUGUGAUAUCCAUAGAUUUCAGAUGACCUAAUGAAUCUAUUUAAUAUAAACUGUAAUUCAGUAGAAUAUUUUAAAUUGUUGCAUGUUGCGUUUAUGUUUUUGUUCAGUAUAUCUCAAAAAUAUAAACGCAACAUGCAAAAAUGUCUAAGAUUCUUACUGAGUGACAGUUCGUAGAAGGAAUAAAUACUACUCCGCUUCUUGAUAUGCCACACCUGUCAAGUGGAUGAAUUAUAAAGAAUAAAAAUGUGCGCCAAACUUCCAAAAUCGCCCAGCAGUGGUAACUCAUGUUGGCUAUGGUAUCGAUUUCGCCAGCGGCAUAUCAUGUUUUAUGAAAUAUCACUUUUGAGAGCAGCGAAACUGUCAAGACGUUCUUCUUUUUUCUGUAUAUAUUGGAAGUUAUUUUUGUCCAGUUUCUGUGAAAAGUUUGGACUCAUUACGUGUGAUGCCCAUUGAAUGACAGGUGUCAGUGACUGUGGGAAGUCUGUUUAGGAACGUCAACUUAAAAAAAAGACUGCUUGUUUUAUCAUAAAAAAAUUGCACCCUCCACUUUCCUCUGUUGGACCUACAGUAACUGUCAACAACCCAUACUGUGGCCCUUUUCCCUAUAGCCCUUCCAAAGUCACUGGGUAGUAAGUAGGGAGUUACCGCUAAUCAGAUAUUUGUUUGUGCUCCUCUAUAAACUUUCAUCUAUAUCUGUUAUGUGAGUUAUUGUUAUGUAUCUCCUACUGUUGCAGUGUUUCCCAACCCUGUUCCUCGAGUACCCCUGGACAAGCACACCUGAUUCAACUUGUCAACUAAUCAUCAAACCCUCAAUAAAUUGAACUGGGUGUGUUUGUCCGGGGCUACAAUAAAAAUGUGUGCAGUUGGGGUACUCGAGGACCAGGUUUGGGAAACACUGGUAGUUUACAUAAACAGUACCGUAUUUCAAAGAGCAGCGCGCACAAACUUUUCAUUUAGCCACACCCUUUACACUGAAGAGAGAGGGUGUUAUUGGUUGGCAUCAUAGUUUAAACGGAAAUGAACAGUGGCCAACAACAAUUUCCACGUUAGCGUUUUUACGGUUUUUAUUUAGACCUUUUCUUAACACCAUAGGACUCAAAAUAUGACGUUUAACUGCACAGCAUCGCAUACGUACUCCGUGUAUUGUUUAAUUCGCGUUGGAGACAGGACUUGGUUGACAGAUGUUAUAUAGGUAACCCUAGCUAGCUAGGUGCUAACAAUGGAUAACUGUAUGGUUUUUCACACUCAAAUUGCCUCGAUCUUGGAGGUGCUAGCGAAUGCAGCCGUGGCAGAUAUCUGUAAACUCGUAGAAGACGACUAUGCAGUGUUUCGUUUGGAAAUUUCUCAAAGCCAGAAAGAAAACGGGGCAUUGCGGAGGAAACUGCAUCUUUUGGAACUGAAGGUGGCACGAGAGCGCGUCCUCGUCAGUCGUCCCAGUAGUGUCAAGAUCGUCGACGGAUACAGAGGAAUGUCAAGAGGUGAAGGACAUCUCACUGGAGGCCACAGGAGAUUUGUGAAGCCAGCGGUACACCAUACAUGGAGAGAUGACCAACCGAUCACUGUUGAUGAGGGUAGUGGAACCUCAACCCAGCACGUUAUCGUGAUAGAGUCUGCAGAUGCAGAUGCAGAUGCAGAGGCUACAGGUCCUGGGGUCAAGCUGGAGAAGACUGAAGGAGAGGUGGAAACACAGCAAAGAAGAGACAUCCAGACUGGAGCUCAUCCUGUAGCCACAAAGGACCCCACCAUCGCCCCAGCACCGCCCAGGACCCGACGCAGCAUCACAGAGGUCAGUGGAACGCCGAAAGCCACCCUGAAGUCAGAAACAGACACAGAGUCUUCAACUGUAACACACAGGCUCUUACACCCAGGAUCUGACCCAGAGAGACUGGUGCCACUGGACUGUCCUCCUGUUCCCGGCUCAGAGUACUUACCGGUAUUUCAUCAGAGCCAGAGGACGGUUCAUUCCCAUGGUGGUGAUGACGCUUUAGACACUGGGGUUGAUCUGUCUUGUUCUUACACUACAGAGAUGGACCCUGACAACAUGACCUUGGGUUUAGAGACACAGACUGAUCUGUCUAGAGGGGACUGGAACCAGUACAGUAGUACUGUAUACUCUGAAGGGUGCCUAGAUAAGAAAGGGGAGGUUAUAGUGGUAGAUGAGGUGAAAGUGGAGGGCCACGCUCCUCCCACAUGGAAUGCAGAUAGUCACCUAGGAGUCGGGCACUCACAGGGCAGAGAUUUCUUAGAUUAUAGGGGAAGUUCAGAGACAAAUCAACAUUUUGUCAAUCACUCACCUUUACACACGCUCAGGGAUCGCGACCCAGUAUCUACGUCGAUGGGGCCUCCUGAUUCACAUGGCCACGUCCUUUUCGAUCAGGUUUUGAACUCAAUCGACAGGGUUAGAGCCCAGGCUCAGGGAGGGGGAGCAACAUCAGGCAAUGGUAAAGAGAAACGGUUCCUCUGCAUGUUCUGUAACAAAGGCUUCAGCUGCCCCCAGAAGGUGGAGAUCCACCAGAGGGUCCACACAGGUGAGAAACCCUUCAGCUGUACCCAGUGUUACAUGUGCUUCGCCCAGGCUGGUGAUCUGAAGAGGCACCAGAUGGUCCACACAGGGGAGAAACCAUACAGCUGCCCCCAGUGUGAGAAGAGGUUCUCCCGCCAGCACCAGCUGAAGAGGCACCUGAAGGUCCACACGGGUGAAAGGCCGUUCGCCUGUGCACACUGCAGGAAGAGAUUCUCAGAGAGAAGCUACCUCAGGAUACACCAGGAGAAAAACCAUUCUACUCUAUAACAUAGAAUGUCACCAUUCCACUCGAUACCAUCUGACUUUAGAUCAAACCCUGCAUUAAAUACAGAUGAAUUGUAAUUGUUGUCAACAGAAAAGACCCACAGAUGCAUUUGGAAUAACGAGAGUAACUGAUUUCAGUGUUCAAUAUUCUUGGGUAGAAUAUUGCAUCCAGUGUGAUAUACACUGAGUAUACAAAACAUUAAGAACCUCUGCUCUUUCCGUGACAUAGACUGACUAGCUGAAGACUUUGAUCCCUUAU